UGAUUUGUCGAGUUUUGCCGUCUUUUCCUUUUUCUCUCUCAGACCUUUCUGAAUCUGUUAAUCAAUCCUUCUCCGUUAAGUUUCUCUUUCCACCGUCGUUCUUAUUAUCCCCUCUUCCCCCUUCCUUCUUCUCAUUCUCAACCUCAAUAAGGUUCCAAGACUAUUCCGAUUCCUCGAAGAAGAAAGAGAACAUAAAAAACCUAAAUCGAAAGAUCUCAUGGCGGAAGAACACCGAUGCGAGACUCCGGAAGGUCACCGUCUCUGCGCCAACAACUGCGGCUUCUUCGGUAGCUCCGCUACCAUGAACCUCUGCUCCAAAUGCUACGGUGCGAUCCGUUUGAAGGAGCAGGACGACGUGUCGACCAAAUCCACGAUCGAAACCGCGCUUUCUUCCUCCGCGAAGACGCCGCUGUCCACGGCGCCACCGGCGGCGAUUGAUGUCCUUCUCGAAGCAUCGCCCCCGCCUUCGCUCCCGGCAGAAGCUGCGGUCGCGGUUCCGGUUCAGGUCGCGGUGGUGACGAGCUCUACAUCCUCGGGUUCAGCGCAACCGAACCGGUGCGCCGCGUGUCGGAAGCGUGUGGGGUUGACUGGGUUCAAGUGCAGGUGCGGAGUCACGUUUUGCGGGACCCACAGGUAUCCGGAGAAGCACGCGUGCGGGUUCGACUUUAAGACGGUGGGGCGAGAGGAGAUUGCUCGGGCUAACCCCGUGAUCAAAGCAGAGAAGCUGCGGAGGAUAUGAUUCGAUCUCAUCCGUCCGAUGGGACCGGAGUUUGGUGAUUUGAUAAGUACCGUCCACGUGUACUGCGAGCGAUGGAGAGAGAGAUGUCGUUAUGUAUAAUGUUAUGAAUAUGAUGAUGAUGAUGAUCUGUCUUCUAAAUUAAGAUAAAACUUAAAAAGUCGGUUUGUCUCGUGUCGAAGGGAUUGAAAUGAAUGAGUCAUAUUUUAAUUUGGCUUUGUAAAAGGGGGAAAAAGAAAAACAGCACUGAGAUUAAAAUUUGUAGGUCCACCACCAUCAGGAGUAGUUGAAAUUAUUUGUGAUUAGGGUUUCUGGGCAGCGCAGUGCGGUGGAGCGUUUUAUUGUGCUUUCGGUAAUGAAUGUGAAAGUGAACUUGUCGAACACGCGCUGUGCCAAUAUUCGUUCUUUACUCUCCACGAUUUUAUGCUUUUUUGCCUUCCUCAAUCA